UUUAUUCUUGAUAAAUAUUAAGAAUUACAGAUUUUCCGUUCAAACGGAAAAUGCUGUGCGGAGGCCGCUCGGCGAAGCGUGGAAAAGACGGAUCGGCGCCGGUGUACCUCAAUGUCUACGAUCUUACUCCCAUGAAUGGCUAUGCUUACUGGCUCGGCCUCGGCGUCUAUCACUCCGGUGUUCAAGUUCAUGGAGUGGAAUAUGCAUUUGGAUCUCACGAACAUCCGACAACUGGAAUCUUCGAAGGAAAACCGAAGCAGUGCGAAGGAUUUGCGUUCAGAAAGCAGAUUCUGAUAGGAUGGACGGAGAAGAAUCGGAGAGAGGUUAAAGGAGUUAUGACAGAGCUUGCUUCAGACUACAAAGGAGUUUCGUAUAAUCUCAUCACCAAAAACUGUAACCACUUCUGCAACGACGCCUGUGUUCGACUAACCGGAAACACGAUUCCGAGUUGGAUCAAUCGUCUCGCCAGAAUAGGUUUAUUGUGCAAUUGCAUAAUUCCGGCGAGUUUAAGUUCGAUUAAAGUUGGAAUCGAAGAUAACAAAGUGUAUAAUGAAAGAGCAACUAGAAAGAAGCUAAAGAGCCGAUCUAGAACAUUCGCUUCAUGUUCGAGUUCUUCCUUAUCAUCUGAGAAACCGCCAUUGGCAUCACCUCCAGUUGCUCGGAUCAGAAGUCUCAAGGGUAAAACUACUCUACCUCCAUCUUCCCCUUCGAUUCUUCAUUCUUCCUCCACAUCUUCUUCAUCUUCAUCUUAGCAUCCUCAAACAGUUCUUCCUUUUUCUUCGAUCAAUCAUGUAUGUUUCUUCUAUUUGUUUAAAUUUUUUUGGAUUAUUAUAUUUUUGGAUCAUUGCUUCAGGAAUCAACUUUAUCCAUGUUCAAACGAUUCGAA